AUGAGUAGGAAAAGAAACGUUAGUUACAUAAAGCCUGAAGACCCACACUUUCUUAAAAUUCUCAAAAAAGAAGCUGGUUAUGAUAAUACAAACCAUAAAUUUGAUAAACUUGAGAAUGAUGAAGAAGAUUUUGUCGAGGAUGAAGAUAGCGAGCAACCGCAGAUUGUUGUUUUGAAAAAAGGUGAUCUUACAGCUGAGGAAUAUGAUAUUGAGAAGGAGAGAUUAAAGAAAGAGGAAUCGGAAACCAAAGCAGACUUGAACCAGAAAGUUGUAUUUAAAGCCAGAAGUACUGCCAGCUCAGAUAAGAAAACCUCAAACCAGAAAUCAAAUAAAUCUUCAGUAAAGCCACAAAAAAAUAGCAACCUACUAUCAUUUGGUGACGAGGAUGAAAGUGAUGAUGAUUCUGAUAGCUAA